AUGUCUUCAAUUACUCAAAACGAACUCGCAAGCCUCGAUGAAAGCUCCAAGAAAGAGAUCAUGACAUUUUUGGAGUCUGAAAACUCGAAGCAGAAGGUCCAAAUGUCCAUUCACCAGUUCACCAAUAUCUGUUUCAAGCAGUGUGCCACUACGAUGAACUCUGGAAACCUGAGCUCUCAAGAAGAAACGUGUUUGAAUAACUGCGUGAACAGGUUCUUGGAUACCAACAUCCGGAUCGUGAAGGGCCUUCAAAGUAUUCAAUAA